AGACAGGGUUAGCGUCUGAGGUCAGUCGCUUUUCCAUUCCAAACUCCCAGCCCAUCGGUGAGAGGGGAGGAGAUUCCGGUUACACCCCCCUCCUCGCCUCUCUUUUUCUGCUCACCCCAGACACACACCCGGGAGCUGCUUUAUAACUCUGUUCCUCCCUGACCCAGGAACUUAAUUUCCCUGUUGAUGUGCUCGCUCGCUCUUUCUCUCUCCCCAAGGUUGUUCACCAAGCCAUCUUCCUUUCCUAGAGAACCUUCUUCCUCUUAGCCUCUGGCCUACUGGCUCCAAAAGAUCCAGCACCUUUCCAUUUGCCCCAGGGCCUGGAUUUUAUUAUUUUUAUUUUAAAAAAAGAAACUGGAAGAGAACGCAUUGAGUGAAGAGAAGAGGAGCAGGAGGGCGAACCCCACAACUGGAUGAAGUUCGAGGGAAGAGACUGGGAGCCCCAUUUGCUGGUGAAACAUGGACCUUUCCCUCUCGAGGGCUGCGCUUUAAGUGAUGCUACUUUUUGGAAGGCCUCGUGUCUGGCUGCUGGUGGCAGAAGGCAGAAUGGACACUGGAGCGUCCAGGACAGGCGAUAAAAUGAGGAGUGUGUGCUGGGGGGUGUAAGAGCGGAGGGGAGGGAAAAAGAAGAGCUUUCUUUGGUUUCUUGUUAUUUCCCCCUCCUCCUCCCUUCCCUUCACCUUCCUCUCCCCACUCUCUUUCUCUCCCCCCCCCCCCCCCGCCCGCAGCCUCCUUGCAAAUGUGAUUGUUUUGUCUAUCACACAAGGCAAAAGUGGAAGACUCUCCCUGGGUUUUGGGGGUGGGGGAACACACACAAAAAAAGGAAGGAGGCGCAGCAGUGGCUGGCAGGAGCUUGGUGGCGCGGCUGUAUGCCUUUUUGGACUUUCCUCGGGAAGGGCUCGAAGCGAGAGGGCGGCCAGCGACGGCUCGGAGGGGAGCAGCACCUUCGCGACCCCAUGCUGCCUUCACUCAUCCUGUCUCUGCUGUCUCUCCUGGCAGAAGGGGCCAGCCUGCAGCCAAUCAGGAUGAGCCACCUAGGGGUGUGCCCCAACCAGCUGAACCCCAACCUGUGGGUGGAUGCGCAGAGCACCUGCGAGAGGGAGUGCCAGGCCGAUCAGGACUGUGAAGGCUUUGAGAAAUGCUGCACCAACGUCUGUGGCCUGCGGAGCUGCGUGGCAGCCCGCUAUGCGGACGGAAGCCUCUCCUCGCUGGAGCUGGUGCAAGAGGCCACAUGCGAGAGCUUUGUGUGCACGCAACAGGGCUCGGACUGUGACAUCUGGGACGGGCAGCCCGUCUGCAAGUGCAAGGACAGGUGCGAGAAGGAACCCAACUUCACCUGCGCCUCCGACGGACUCACCUACUACAACAAGUGCUACAUGGACGCCGAGGCCUGCAUCCGGGGCAUCAGCCUGGCCGUGGUGCCGUGCAAGUACAUUUUCACCUGGCCCAACACCAGCCCGGUGCCGAUGGAGACCACGGCUCACCCGACGCCCGGCGCAGGCACUGAGCUGCCCAUACCGCCGGCCCUCUACAACAACCCCUUCCACCAGUUGGUCUACGUGGGGGGCACAGUCAGCUUUCACUGUGAUGUGAGUGGGCGGCCGCGCCCUGACAUCACGUGGGAGAAGCAGAGCGACCACCAGGAAAACUUCAUCAUGCGGCCCGACCAGAUGUAUGGCAAUGUGGUCGUGACCAACAUCGGCCAGCUGGUCAUCUACAACGCCCAGCCGGAGGACGCCGGGAUCUACACUUGCACGGCUAGGAACUCCGCCGGCCUCCUGCGGGCGGACUUCCCGCUGUCUGUUGUCAAGAGAGAGCACUCCAGAGGGGAGCCGAAGGCAUCCAGCCCUCCUCAGCUCCCACCCGGCGAGUGCCUGAAGGAACCUGACAAGCAGGAAUGCGAGGCCUACCAAGUCCGCUGGCAUUUUGACUCCAAGAGAGGCUUGUGCACCACUUUCCGCUAUGGCGGUUGUGGGGCUAACCAGAACCACUUCGAUACCUACGAAGAGUGCCAAUUGGCCUGCGUCAAUAACGCCGUCAACCUCUGCACUCUGCCCAUCGUGCAGGGCCCCUGUAAGAACUGGGAGCCCCGCUGGGCCUACAACCACCUGAUGAAGCAGUGCCACUCCUUCAUCUACGGUGGCUGCGAGGGCAAUGAGAACAACUUUGAUGGCAAGGAGAGCUGCGAGGACGUCUGCCCCUUCCCCAAGACGCUGCAGUGCAAAGCCUGCCGUCUGAAGAGCAAGAUGGUGCCCAGCCUCUGCCGCAGCGACUUCGCCAUCGUGGGACGGCUGAUGGAGAUCAUCGAGGACCAGGAUUCUGGCAUUGCCCGCUUUGCCCUGGAUGACAUCCUCAAGGACGAGAAGAUGGGCCUCAAAUUCUUCAACAUCAAGUACCUGGAGGUGACCUUGACAGAUAUGGACUGGAACUGCCCCUGCCCCAACAUGACCACCGAGGACGGGCCCCUCAUCAUCAUGGGCGAGGUGCAGGAAGGCAUGGCGGUCCUCGACCCCAAUAGCUACGUCCGGGCCGCCAAUGAUAAGCGGGUCAAGAAGAUCCACGAACUGCUGGAGAAGAAGACAUGCGAACUUCUCAACCGGUUCCAGGACUAGCAUGGGCGGCAGUGACAGCUGCUGCUUGUCUGUGGCAGAGAAGGGAAAGGCAGACGAAGGCUGACGUCCCUUUCCCCAAGAGACUGUGCUCUCCUUUUCUUGUGCUGUGCUGCAGCUAUGCAAGGACUGGGUUGGAGACUGGCAGGACAAAUCUGGCGCUCCUGGAAAGCCCAUGAGCCUCCAAGUGGGUCCAGAGUGCAGAGGGGUGAAUCCUUAUUCCAUGCCACCUCCACGGACCUGCCUCUCAUUUUUAGAUGUUUUCAGUUAUUAUCACUACUGUUUCAAUGAGCUCCAUUAUUGCUUGUAACUACCUAUUGUCUGUUUUUGUGUGUGAGAGAGAGCUGUAAUUUAUCUGCGCCUGUGACAUCCCUCCAGCCCAGCCUAUGUGGAAUUAAUAAUAAUAAUAACGAAAAGGAAA